AAAUCAAUUUUCCAUUUAGUUUGAGAGAUAAAUUAUGUUUGUUUAUUAAAUAAUUCUUUUUUCAAUAAUUCAAAUAAUAUUAAAAUUUCAUCUUAAGUGAAGAGGAUCUGUGCUCUCUAGAUACAUGCUAUAUGUAUAGAAGAUGUAUGAAGUGUCUAUAUAAGUGAUUGUGGUCUCAUUCAUUUGCAACAACACAAGCUGGGGUGUUAAAUAGAAAAGAGGAGUUUGAGAAUGGCAACGAUCAGCGCGGUUCAGGUGGAGUUCCUGGAGUUUCCAGCGGUGGUUACUUCACCAGCCUCCGGCAAGACCUAUUUCCUCGGCGGCGCAGGGGAGAGAGGAUUGACGAUUGAGGGGAAGUUCAUAAAGUUCACAGGCAUAGGAGUAUACUUGGAGGAUAAGGCGGUGCCAUCACUCGCCGCUAAGUGGAAGGGUAAAACUUCAGAGGAGUUAGUUCACACCCUCCACUUCUACAGGGAUAUCAUUUCAGGGCCGUUUGAAAAGCUAAUUAGAGGGUCGAAGAUUCUGCCAUUGGCUGGCGCUGAAUACUCAAAGAAGGUGAUGGAAAACUGCGUGGCACACAUGAAGUCUGUUGGGACUUACGGUGAUGCUGAAGCCGCAGCCAUUGAAAAGUUUGCUGAAGCCUUCAAGAAUGUGAAUUUUGCACCUGGUGCCUCUGUUUUCUACAGACAAUCACCUGAUGGAAUCUUGGGGCUUAGUUUCUCUGAAGAUGCAACAAUACCAGAAAAGGAGGCUGCAGUGAUAGAGAACAAGGCUGUAUCAGCGGCGGUCUUGGAGACCAUGAUUGGUGAACAUGCUGUUUCCCCUGACUUAAAACGCAGUUUGGCUUCUCGAUUGCCUGCGGUAUUGAGCCACGGCAUUAUAGUCUGAGAAAUGAGAAGGAUCAACUUUACCUUUUUCAAAUAUUCUUGUUUUUCUCCUUUCUUUCUUGUCGCUUGUCAUGUAUUUCUACUGUUUUAUUAAAUAAUAAAAUUGAGUUCUGUUAGAGUUGGUGAAA